AAGCAUAUAUGAUAUCUUCAAAUCAAACCGAAGGACGAAUAGAAUGCGCGUGGCGUUUCCGUAGAAGAGGCGUUUUAUGAGUUUUGGGUUAUAUAAAUAAAUUUGGAAGGAAGAGGUAGUGAUUGAAACAAGAGAGCAAAAAGUGGCGUUGAGAACAACAACAUCAACACAAUAGAAUAGAAACUGCCAAAGAGGAAUCCUUCAACGGAACUUCCUCGUUUGGCUUCCAGUGUUCUGUCUGCCACCCAUUACCACAAAACCCUACGCCUUUUCCUUUUUCAUUUCUGCGAAACAACACGAGCCCUUUUUACUUCUCCACUAAGAACAUCACCUCAAGAGGAUUUGGAUCGGAGUAGCCAUCGAUCUGUGCCAACGGAAAAAAUGUGGUGUAUGAUGGGUGAUUCCGGUGGCCAUUACUGUCCUAAGAAGACCGAUGAUUUGUGCGGUGAUGUUUGUGGCCAGGAGUCGAGUCAAGCAUCGGGCAUGUCAAGAGUACGCUGCAUGUUACGUGGGUUGGAUGUAAAAACUUGUAUAUUUCUCUUUGCUGUUGUCCCAAUGUGCAUCUUUGGAAUCUACUUACAUGGACAGAAAAUCUCCUACUUCCUCCGGCCGCUAUGGGAAAAACCACCCAAGCCGUUCCAUGUCAUCCCACAUUACUAUAACGAAAAUGUUUCGAUGGAGAAUAUCUGCAGACUUCAUGGCUGGGGAAUCCGUGAAUACCCGAGACGUGUAUAUGAUGCUGUGCUGUUCAGUAAUGAAUUGGAAAUACUUAACUUGCGCUGGAGAGAAUUGUAUCCCUACAUAACACAGUUUGUGCUCCUCGAGUCAAAUUCCACAUUCACUGGUAGGCCUAAACCUCUGGUUUUCAAGGGCAACCGGGAGCAGUUCAGAUUUGUGGAGUCCCGGUUAACAUAUGGAACCAUUGGUGGGAGAUUUAAGAAAGGAGAAAACCCAUUUAUUGAAGAGGCGUAUCAAAGAGUGGCAUUGGACCAACUCCUGAAGAUAGCUGGUAUUACAGAUGAUGACUUGUUGAUUAUGUCUGAUGUUGAUGAGAUUCCAAGUGCUCACACAAUUAACCUAUUGAGGUGGUGUGAUGACAUACCUUCGAUCCUUCAUCUUCAGCUGAAGAACUAUCUUUAUUCUUUCGAGUUUCUCGUGGAUGAUAACAGCUGGAGAGCUUCCAUUCACAGGUAUCAGAGUGGUAAGACAAGGUAUGCGCAUUACCGCCAGUCUGAUGAGUUGUUGGCAGAUGCUGGUUGGCAUUGUAGCUUUUGCUUUCGCCAUAUCAGUGAUUUUGUCUUUAAGAUGAAAGCCUACAGCCAUAAUGACAGAGUUAGAUUCUCUCAUUAUUUAAAUCCCAAGAGAAUUCAAGAUGUUAUCUGCAAAGGGGCUGAUUUAUUUGAUAUGCUACCAGAGGAAUACACCUUCAAGGAAAUCAUUGGUAAAAUGGGACCAAUACCCCAUUCCUAUUCUGCAGUUCACCUUCCUGCUUAUCUACUGGAAAAUGCACACAAAUAUAAAUUUCUAUUGCCUGGAAAUUGCUUGAGAGAGACCAGAUGAUCCUAGAAAAGUCAUUUAUGAAUUAUGAUACAGUUUUAUUGUGCAGCUUGAGCUAUUCCUCAUGGAGAUUUUAACAGGGGUUUUGAUUGAUGACUGUUGUGACUUGUACUGGUGUUUCAAUGUCCAGUGAGAUAUUCUUUCAGAAUUUCAUUGUGUUAGAAGAAAUUCUUUGAUCCUGGGGGGAAUUCUGUACAUAAUUUAGACUUGAGGACUUUAUUCAAAGGGAACAGUAUCUAUUCUAUUCUGGUGAGCUUUAGAGUAAAUGCUUGUUGUGUUUAUUUUGGAUUAGUGUUGCUGAUCCCCCAGAUACAUUAAGAGUAGUUUAAAGUUCCCAGCCUUUUUCCCUUGUGGGAAUUUUUGUUUUGCAGAUGAAAUUUCUCUUCUUUUCUUCUUUAUAUUCUUCGUUCAUGCUACGUCUCCCCUCAUUUCGUUCUUUAUAUGUUAAGGAUGCUGACUCAUGGUAGAGUGAUAUAUUAAAUUAUAUUAAUCUCUCAAGUUACGAGUCAAUUAAUUUAGAUAUCUUGAAAGGAUUAAAACGCUGUCAUGUGAUAAUUUAAGAAAUUUAAAUGAUAUU